AUGGCCGGUAGAAAGAAAACGCAUUGGAAACCUAGGGCGAUAUUUCUACUCCCAAACACCUAUAUCAGUAAUUCAUAUCCAAAUAAGAAAACUCAGAAUUACUUGGAAGACAAAGGAUAUGGAAGUUGCAAAGAAAGGUUGGAUCGAUCUUGGACGAUAGAUCAACUCGUUGAGAAGGUGAUAGCCCAUUAUCCUCAACAUGAGGCUGAGCUAGCAAAGACUGGAAUCGAGUUCGCCAAGCUUAAGAGAUAUUCCAGGCAGAUCCAGAUCCAGAAUGAUGAAGACCUUGUGAAGGGAAGCACUGUCGCUGACCUUGAGAAACAACAUGGCCGAGGAAUCUUGGUUAUUCGUCAAAAGACUUUACUGAGAAUAAUAAAUGUGUACGUGCCACCAGGAACGAGGGAUCAGGUUUCCCUGUUUAAAAAGCUGCAAAGAAGUAUGAAUAUAUUGAAGGCAACAGAUGGUUGCAAGCCGACAUCUUUCAAAGGAACUGGUAACAAGAAGGAUCCUUGUUGCUGUAAAACAAAUUAUGUGAUACUGGGUGAUUUCAACUGCGAUAGAAAAACUCUUUUGUCGUGCAAAGUCAUGCAAUCGGUGAAGGGGGAGAAACUCCAAGUGCUCGAUGAACUUGAGAAAAACCACCAUUUGUCACAGCUGAUCGAAGUUCCUACGCGGGUUGAGUUCAGGAAGACGAAAGGUCGGGACGCAUAUCAGACGACAAAAUCUUUGAUCGAUCUUGUCUUCACGGAUAAUCCAGAUGCUGUCUCAUCCUCGGGAGUGGCUCAUAUUGCUAUGAGUGAUCACUAUAUGGUAUACUGCGCCUAUGAACCUGAUAAGAAAGAUCCCUACAAGUCAACACCGUUGCGGACAUUUGAGGAGUUUUCUCAAAUUUCCAAGAGUGAUAUCGACGAAGAAGUAUAUGGAAUGAUUCGUGACCGUGACCGUGCCAAGGAAAGGGAAAAUUGGAAUCAGUACGUUCUGUCGAAAGGUGACAUCAAAGUAGCAAAGAAUGAAAACAAAAAAGCACGGAAGCAACAAGAAAAGGCUUUGAAGUUGAAAUGA